CUAAAUACCUUACCAAGCUCACCCCUACUCCAACUAAAUUUUCGUGCAAUUAGGGCUAAAACGCCCAUGAUUGAAAAAAAACUACCGGGGCGAAUUCAACACAGAUCGGGAGAACCGACUGGGCUAGCUUGGAAACAAAGGCAGCAUGGACGAAGCUUUGGAAAGGCACGCUAAAUCUAUCGCAGCUCCAUUGGUGUUCUUCAUCGUUGGCGUUUUUCAAUUUCUCUCCCGAUAUCUUGAAAUCCGAAAGACGAAAACAUCAAUUUCCGACAAGGAUGCACAGUUGAAAGCAGAAAUUAAGCAGCUCACGAAGGAGGCUAAUGCAUUGUCUCAGCCUUCAACUUUUGCGCAAGCUGCAAAGCUGAAGAGGAUGGCUGCAGCUAAGGAGAAGGAACUUGCUAAAAGUCAAGGAAUCUACAAGAAGGAGACAAAGAUGACCUAUGAUAUGUAUACAAAUUGCCUAUUGAUUUUAAAGAUCUUCACGUACUCUAUGCUCCUUCUCUGGUUUUGGCGUGUACCUGUGGCUUCUGUAUCCAAGCAGCUGGUACAGCCUUUUGGUAAAAUGCUAUCAUGGCGAGCAGGAGGCUUUGUAAACGACAAUGUCAUGGUUGGGAUCAUUCCAUGGUUAAUCCUGUGUACUAGGGUCAGCAAAACUAUUUGCCGUAAAGUACUGACAUAGGCACGAGAGAAUAGAACACCCCCAACUCCUUAUGUGUAAUGUAUAUUUCAUACUUGCCUCACCCAUAUAUAGUGUCCAUUUUUUUUGACACUUGAGAAUUUCAGCGAGAAUUCGAGUGUGAAUAUAAUCAUUUUAUGAAACAUUCGUGACGUCCAUUCAUUAAACUUAAGAGGGUCACUAAGUUCUUGUACUGAUAAUCUAUCUAUCUGAAUCAAUUAUGAUUUGAAUC